GCAUGCAAGUUCCAAUGCGAACCGGAACUGAGGACGCGGUUCGCGUUUCGAAGCAAUGGCUCGUCGGUCGCCUUUAGCAGUCGUACUGGCGCUUCUGGUGCUCCAGUGGCAUGGGGUUUUCCUGACGGACGAUCGCAACUCCGACGACCGGGGAAGCUGCAACAGAGUGGGCGUGCACGUGGGAAUGCAGGGAACAGCUGCUGGGCAGCGGCAGUGCUGCACAUGGUCAAGACUGCGUUCCGCGAGGAACCUCCGGCAGCAGAGGAGCACGGAUCUGGACCGAUAUUUCACUUGAAGACCCGCUUGCUUGCUCUUGCAGCUUGCCUUCUUCUUUUGGAUGCUGCCGUCUUUUGCCUUCUGCUUCGCUACUUGCACCUUGCUUACCUGCUCUUGCGGCUUGCUUUCUGCUUUGCUCAGCUUCUUUCUUUAGCUGCGCUGCUCUGCGCUCCUACCUUUGUGGUUCCAAGUGGCUCCAUGGGAAGCUCAACGACCGAGAAGGGCCCCCUCCUGGCCGCAGGCGGCGCAUUGAUGGUGGCCUCUAUGCCUGCGCCGGCCUACGCUGGUGGCAUGUCCCCUGGUAUCCGGGUGUCGCAUGGUGGUAGGGCGCAUGGUGAAUCCUCAAACAUUUCAAACAUGGGAGAGCUGAUGUCAUCUGCAACAAUUGACAUCCUGGGGGUGAGCUGGAAACUCGAGGAGGUGGAUGAGCGCAACGCCAAGUUGCUUCAGACUCUCUCCGAGGCCACUGAUAUGUUGGCGAAGGCGGACGAGAUGCAGGUGACAUACACGGCCGACAUCAAGGAAGCUCGAGAGAAGGCUGCCAAGGAGUUGGCCGAUGCUCGCAAGGCCACAGAGGAGGCGAUUGCCAAGGAAGCCGCGGCGGCUGAUGCUGUGAGGGAGGCCGAGGCCAACAAGUUCAGGGCGAAGCUCGAUGCUGAGAUGAAGGAAAAGAUGGCCAACGCCGAAAGUACCAUCCAGGAGAGACAAAAGGACUUUGUGAAGCAGUCUUUGGCAGCCGUUGGUCUCUGA